AUGGCAGGGAUUGAUGUUGCAAAGUUUGGUCAUAGUCCUGUUCAUAAGGCUGUGAUUUUGAAGGAUUAUGGUGAGCUUAAGAGGAUACUUGGGGGUUUACCUAAGCUGUGUAAUGUGGCGGAGAUUCGAUCCGAGGCUGUUUCGAAUUUAGAGGAAGCGAAGGCAGAUGUGAUUUCGGCUGUGAUUGAUUGUCGGGAUGUGCCGAAUCGUGAUACACCUCUUCACUUAGCUGUGAAAUUAGGGGAUGAAGUGGCGGCGGAAAUGCUUAUGGUUGUUGGUGCAGAUUGGAGUUUGCAGAAUGAACAAGGGUGGAGUGCUCUACAAGAAGCUAUUUGCAGUCGGGAAGAGCGUAUUGCUAAGAUUAUUAUUAAGCAUUAUCAGCCUCUUGCAUGGGCGAAAUGGUGUAGAAGGUUGCCUCGUUUGGUAGCGACCAUGCGAAGGAUGAGAGACUUUUAUAUGGAGAUUACGUUCAAUUUCGAGAGUUCUGUGAUUCCUUUCAUUUCAAGGAUUGCACCUUCGGACACUUACAAGAUUUGGAAAAGAGGUGCGAAUCUAAGGGCUGACAUGACUUUGGCAGGUUUUGACGGUUUUAGAAUUCAGAGAUCAGAUCAAAGUGUUCUUUUUCUUGGUGAUGGUUCGGAGGAUGGGAAAGUCCAGCCUGGAUCACUCUGCAUGAUCUCGCACAAGGAAAGAGAGGUACUGAAUGCUCUAGACGAUGCGGCCUUUGCGGCAAACGAUGAAGAAGUUCAGCAGGAAGUGGCUGCAAUGUCUAAAACAAAUAUAUUUAGGCCCGGGAUUGAUGUUACUCAGGCAGUUCUUCUGCCUCAGUUGACUUGGAGGCGGCAGGAGAAAACAGAAAUGGUAGGACCUUGGAAAGCUAAGGUGUACGAUAUGCACAAUGUUGUUGUAAGUAUAAAAUCUAGAGGAGUUCCGGGAGCUAUGACAGACGACGAGUUAUUCUCGACUUGCAAUGGAAAUGAAACCGAGAGUGAAGAACUUAAUGAUAUUUUGACUGAAGAUGAAAGAAGACAGUUGGAGGAUGCACUUAAAUUGGAUUCAUCAGAACAGAACAAUGAUAGUGAUGAGGUGAUCAUUCCACAUCGUCAAAGCUUUAGGGAUAUUCCUAUUGAAGACGCGAGCGGCAGCACUAGUGGAGAAAAUAAGCAGGAAAAGAAAGGAUGGUUUGGUGGAUGGAGAAAAAAAGAUUCUAAACAUGAAAUAGCGUCAAAAAAGUUUGUGCCAGCAAGAAAUUCUCUUUGCGUAGAAGAAAAGGUUAGCGAUUUGUUGGGAGAUUCUCCUUCGACAAAUCAGAUUAAGCCAGGAAGACAUUCUAUUGAGGUAGUUGUGAGGGGUGAUGAGCAGCGGAGGAAAAAAGAGGCCAAAGCUUCUUCUGCAAAUUCUGAUAGCAGAAAUCGGCACAAGGAUGGAAGUCGUGAAAAUGAAUAUAAGAAAGGGUUGAGGCCUAUUCUUUGGCUUUCCCCAAACUUUCCAUUAAAAAUUGAAGAACUCUUGCCAUUGCUAGACAUUGUUGCAAACAAAGUUAAAGCCAUUCGUCGUUUAAGAGAACUCCUUACAACAAAACUUCCAAUGGGAACUUUUCCUGUUAAGGUUGCGAUUCCCGUGGUUCCCACCAUUCGAGUAUUGGUUACUUUUACAAAAUUUGAAGAACUACAGCCAUUAGAUGAAUUUGCAACGCCGCCGUCAAGUCCAUCUGCAUCCGGCGAAGAGAGUCCUAUAGCAACAAAUUUGCCGGCUUCGUCUUGGUUUCAGUGGAUAAAGGCUCCAUACCGGCCUAGUUCAUCUGCGGCAGGUUCCAGCAGUAGGAUAGAAAAUACUCCAGACCCAUUUGCGAUUCCUCCAGAUUAUACUUGGGUGACUGCUGAAGAAAAGAAGAAAAAGAUGCUAGAGAAGAACAAAUCAAAGAAAGGGAAAAGUCAUAAACAAUGA